UGCUGUUCAUAUCGAGUUGUGUGCUUGGCUCUUGUCCAUGAAACAUUAUAAUACCAUUCUGGCUGAUUCGGCAGUGUUUUCGGUCCCUCAAAGGUAGCGUCGGAAUGCUUUUAAAUCCUGAACCCAAAGCUCUGCAAUGGCUGUUUUUCAUACACAAGUCCGCGAUUACACAUACCAUCAAAAAAACCACAUUCAUGGCAAGGUGCAAAUAGCAAAAAUCCAAGUACCUUAUGCAAACCUCGACAGCAUCCAAUUGCCGCUUGUCGCACGCUUCUUGGAAAAGGAUGGCCCUGGUAAAAUAACACUAAUUGACAAUCUCUCGGCCGUGCGAGACAACAUCAAGAAAGGACCAUACAAUGCAGAGGCUCAUGGCGUGGUAGUAAAGGCUGGAGAUCUACCUGGAGACCUGCCUGGAGUCUGUCCUAUCUGGGCUUACUUGCAGCCUGGCAAGGUUAAUUUGCAGGAACCCUUCUGGAUUGACAUCGUUGAGUUCAACUAUUGCCGACGCUCAAAGAUCAAAUCGACCUUUGUAUGCUGGGUGCCACACUUGCAAUCAGCCAACGGACACUUGAUCACUAUCCUUAACGGCAUGCCUCGUCUUCUUCGAGGAACAGUCGUCAUUGUUCAAAUUCCAGGAUUGCCAUCGCAAACACAACUUGUUUGGAAAGAAGCAGCAGAGCUUACUCGAGCCAACACACUUCCAACUCCAGUAAAACUAGCUCUUUUUAAUGCCCAGCUAGCAGCGCUUCAAAGCUUCGGCAUAGAACACUCUAAGUCUGACCUUGUCGAAGCACCUGCAACAUCGGAAGAGCUACCCGCUCUUGUGCAUGAUAAUUGGCAACGCUUAAUAUCGUUGUCAAACAGUCACGCCACAAACGAUGACACAGGCAAUAGCGCACAGGUUGAUGAAGACAUCUGGUCUGACUGGAGUAACGAGGACGGUAGCAUCGUAAACUCAGAUGUCAUGUCCUCUACCGAUGAGGAUCAUCUGGUGUCUGGUGUUCAGGGAGAAUCUGAAGCAUCGAAUGAUUGCUCGUUCUUCUGCUGCAAAUAUGCGGACCAGAGACCAACAUACCGGAAUCGAGGCAAACCCAGGCACUGGCACAAAAAGAAUGAAGAAUGCCCUUUGGGCGCUGGACACCCGCAACAUUGUGUAUUUGCGGACGCAUUCCCCGAUGAUUGUGUCGUGAACAAAGCAUCACACUCACACUGUCCCCCAACGACAGGCUCCAAUGGCGUCUUUAUUCCCGACACGGUCCAUUCGACCCGGCGAUGGUUGGGUAACGGUACAAACACGGCCAUCGGUCGGGCUCUAUAUUCUUCCCCUGACGUGGAAUGCGACGCCCGGAGACACUCAUUCGAAGACGAAUCAAGCUCCUUGGUUCAUGCCAUGGAACACGAAUUUGACAUGAAUAACCCUACGCCACCCACAGAUUUCCCCGUAGGAUAUGACUUGACCCAGAUGCCACUUUCACCGGGUCGAGAUCUCAGUACACCAAACUUUUUCGAAGAUGACGAUGUGGCUAUAGAUAUCUCAAUUUUAGACAUACCAGUACCAGAUAGUCCAGCCAUGCCAUGGAUACCCCGUGUGCGUUUAAAUGCGAUGCGAUUUAGUCCAGCACCUCUGAGCGACUCAGACGUCUGGAACUGA